AUGCCGCAAGAACCCGACAACCUCCCACAAUCUGUGUUCCAGUGCCGGCAAUGGGUCUUAUUCAACGUCCCCGACCCACAAGACACGAAACACAUCACCAACGCUCAACAACUCACCUCGCUCGGCCGCUCACCCAAGUCAACAACAAAAGCAACACCAUCCUCGUCCUCAUCCUCCCAACAGUCACAGCAACCCGUCCUCCCACCCAUCCGUCUCGCCCUUCUUGCGCCGCUAGCUAAACGUGCCGUCUACAAUGCCUGCCGCAAAGCCUGUCCCUGUGAUACCGACAACAAGAACAAGUCCGAUUGUGCCAUAGCUGACGCACUGCCUGCGGCUUGGGUGAGGUUUGAUGUGACGCUUCCUGAGACUGUGCCUGGUACCAGUGGUGGUGAUAGCAAAAGCAAUACCACCCAGACGUUUAGCUGGGAGGAGAGUGAAACUCAGCAGGUCGGGACGAAUAAUAGCGGCAGCGUCAGAGUCAGGACCCAAGAUGUCGCACAGCUGGUGAUGGCUCUUGCUACGUCGGUUACGGAGCGUGCCGGGGGCGAGGGUGUUCAGUUGGGGGUGGUAGAUUAUCAGGCGGGGUGGAAACGGGGGUUGCCGAAGGGGGAGAUGAAGAAGUUAGAGGUGUGGCUUGGGGGCUUGGAGAGGGAGCAGAAGAAGAGGGGUCGGGGGGAGGGUGAGGAGGGGGGUGUGAAGAUGGAGAAGGGUGGCAAAGCUUGA